UUUUUUUUUUGUUAGUUGAUGCAUGCAAGUUAUGCGGGUGUUGAUUUUUUUUAUUUAUUUUAAUGUUUGGAUCAAAGUUCUAAAAUUGGCAGAUGCACAUUUGGCCUCAACCGUAUACCCAAAAUGAUUCAUAGCCCGCGUUUGUUUUACUGAUUGAUGAUCUUUAUUCCUUUGUUGCUUUUUUUGCUAAUGUUUAUUACUUUUUCUUUGAAUAAUGAUUGCAUUUGCAGUUGUUAAUACUUCCUGUUUACCAGUUCAGAGUGAUGAACUGCAUUCGUUUUGAAAGUUAUAUCUUGAAGAAAUUGACUAAUUCUAACAUAUAUCAGACAUCACAGUGGUUGUGACCUCAGUUAUAAGCUUUCUUACAUAUUUAAUUGGGCCUUCUAGUGGACGGUGGGGUUGAUCCUCUUGAUUAGUUGCCUCGGGGCCAGACACUGAACUGAGUUAUCAAAAAGCUAAAGUUAAAAGGUUUCUUAUAACUCAGAUUAUAGUAACACAUAAGAACAUUUGCAUGAAGAAUAUGUAAGCAAAUGUGAGAAUGGUAAUGGUUAAAGAGAUGUUAAUUAUGCAAGCACUAGCAGAGUACAAUAAUCUUGACUAUCAAAGCUUAUUUAGUAAUUUUGUAGCUACAAGUGGGGCAUGCCUUAGUGAGAUUUUGUUGGAGGUCAUUCAAUUCUUCUAAAGAUUGUUGCUUUGUGUUUUUCUUGUUGAUAAUUGAACUUUGUUGAAAUAUGAACCAACAAGAUAACUAUAUUCUUUUCAAUUAUCAUGAUGAUUGUUCUUAUGAUGCGGAUUUAUCUUUAUGAAUACGGCUGCGGAAAUGUGAAGGGAAGCAUCUUAGAUGAUGUUUUCUUAGGGCCCCAAAACGCUGAGGGUCGGCCCUGGCUAGAGGCAAUGGUUAAACCGGGUGAAGAGUUCCCUUUUUCGGAGAGUUCUCCUCAGUUCUUCAAAGUAUUUGUACCUGAUCAAUCCUCCCAAGAAGUGCAAAUCCCGCCUGAAUUUUUGAAGUAUUUCAAUGGAGUUUUACCUUACAAAUCUACAAUUACAAAUAUGGAGGGAAGAUCAUGGAAGGUAGAAUUGAACGAGGUCAAUGACUCUUUGUAUUUCCACGAAGGUUGGCAUCAAUUUGUGCUGGAUAACUCGCUAGAAUUUGGAGAUUUUCUCGUUUUCUACUACGGUGUCAAUGCGAAUUUUUAUGUCAAAAUAUAUGGCAAGAAUGGUUGUCUAAAGGAGCCAAAUCCUCCGACUAGUGAUAUUCACAGAGCAAUUUCACUUCCGCAAGAGAAUCAAACUGUUGAGAAUAGGAAAUCUAAACGGCUGUCAUGCAUAGUAAGUAGCGACCAAAUUGCUGACAAUAAUUUAUGCUCCAGAAGACCUUCAGGGCUUCAAAAGAAAGGCAGGGCUCUUAAGGAAGCUGAUAAAUUCACGUCCAAAUUUCCGUUCUUCAAAAUUCUCAUGGGUUCUACAUAUGUGACUCGUGGACCUGUGAAUGUACCAGCGAGCUUUGUCAGCAGUGUCAUGCAACAGGAUAGACAGAGUGCAACACUUGUUGUUUCAAAUAAGUCGUGGUCUGUGGGUUUGUGCAGAGGUCGAAGACAUGUACGCAUGAUCACUCAUGGUUGGCCCAUCUUUUCCCGAGAAAACGCACUAAAAGUAGGCGAUGUUUGUGUAUUUGAACUUGUUGAGAGAGAGGAUUUUGUUCUGAAAGUUUCUGUUUUUAGAUGUCUGGAUUGAGUGAUUCUUUGUAGGUGCAAUGUUAAACUAUUUCUGACGCUGAAAUAAUAAUUUAAGCUUCAUUCAUAAAGAAGAAACCCAGGAAGGGGUAGUUUGCAUGGAAUA